AUGCGCUCCGACGGCAACGGCAGCAAUGGAGCUGCCAGUACGACCGCCGAGCAGCCUCAAGGCUUUCAUCUAAACGCUGCCCCGUCCGUUUCCCACAUGCCUCUCGCCGAUGCGCCGACUUCCGAUUUCACCAGUCGUCUACAGAUACUCUCGACCAAGAUCCCUAACUGGUACAUUGCUCCAUUCUGUGGAGCUAGUGCUGGUGUUGCCUCGGGCAUCGUGACCUGCCCGCUCGAUGUUAUCAAGACCAAGCUGCAGGCCCAGGGUGGCUUUGCCCGACGGGGAGGACAGAAUAUGGAGACAAAGGUGCUGUACCGGGGGAUGCUAGGUACAGGUAAAACGAUCUUCCGUGAGGAUGGCAUUCGUGGACUGUAUCAGGGACUGGGUCCUAUGUUGCUGGGCUAUCUUCCCACUUGGGCGGUUUAUCUAGCGGUGUAUGACCGCUCCCGCGAAUAUUUCUAUGAACAUACCGACAGCUGGCUGCUUUCCCGCGCUUACGCCUCGAUCGCCGCCGGUGCCUGCUCAACGAUUGCCACCAACCCCAUCUGGGUUAUCAAGACGAGACUCAUGUCGCAAAGCCUCAAGCAAAACAGUGAAGGCGUUCGGGCCCCAUGGCAGUACUCCGGCACAUGGGAUGCUGCCCGCAAGAUGUAUAAGAUUGAAGGCAUUCGUUCUUUCUAUUCCGGCCUCACCCCGGCUCUAUUGGGAUUGACCCAUGUCGCCAUUCAAUUCCCUCUCUAUGAAUAUCUAAAGACGGCAAUCACCGGUUACGGAAUUGGAGAGCAUCCGGACACCGGCUCUUCUCACUGGGUCGGCAUUUCUCUUGCCACUUUCCUGAGCAAGAUUUGCGCGAGCACCGUCACGUAUCCUCACGAGGUCCUGCGCACACGCCUACAGACACAGCAGCGCACAUCACCAGCGCCAUCACCAGAAGAGAUUUCCUUCAGAGGUGGCUUGAAACACCCUCAUGACCGUGGUCGGCCACCAAGUGUGUCUUCCUCUGAUGGCAUGCCCAAUCGCCCCCGUUACAAUGGAGUCAUCCGCACAUGCCAGACCAUCCUCCGAGAAGAGGGCUGGCGUGCAUUCUACUCCGGGAUUGGCACCAACCUGUUCCGGGCCGUCCCGUCUGCCAUGACGACCAUGCUUACCUACGAGUUCCUUCGCAAGCUAAUUCACGAUUAUCAGCAUGAAGGCGAGUUGAAGCUCAAGCAAGCCGAAGCUCAGUCCGAGGGCGAACCGAUAUGA